UAAUGAUGGUUUUACAUCGAGGGGCGUUUAUUCUAAGGGAGAGAUGCUAUGAAAAUCCUCAGUUCGCAGCUUGAUCAGACCGAGAUGUGUUUACAGCAAGACCUGAAAUAAGGGCUGUACUUAUGGUGUGUUUAAUAUGUGCAGCAGGGCGAUGCGGCAGCUUGAAUGGAGCAUCAGCAGAUAGCAUGACGCAAUUAUUGUUAUUGUCCGUGAAUAAAUAUGGAAAGACUUAAGCAUGAUAGCAGCCACGGCCCGGGCUAUCGCUGCCAUAAGGAAAUAUUUACUCCUGCAUGUUAAACAAACAGAUCGACUCAUCAUCAUCAUUAUUAUUUAGUAGAUUGUUGAAACAAAUACUUUAUGUUUUUAAUAUAAAGGAUUUGCAAUUUCACAAAUACCAACAUGUCAGCCAGUGAAGGCCUUCCUGGUGCUACCAUCAGUGAAAUAAGAGUCAAUCUGAUCUGUUAAAUCACUUGUGUUUUUAUGAAUAUGCUUUACGUUGAUUCCUGUGGUAUUAGAAUGUCAUUAAGGUGGACUUUAAAGCAAAUAAUGCAACUUCUUCUGUAGACUUUUGGUUAAAUAUUAAACAUUUCAUUCACAUAUUUUAGUUCUCCUCACCAUUAGAGGAUUCUUUCAUGCUAUUUUAUAUUUGUCUUCUUCACAUGUACUCCUCAUCCUCAAUCUUGUUUACUAAAGUGAGAAAUUUCUGAACACGGACUCAGCAGGUCCAGCACAGGUCAGCAGAACGGCCUGAAUCCAGAUCAAUUCGAUAUAAACGUGUCCAUGUGGGGAGGCUGAAAAUGAAGCUUUAACACUGAGAAGCAUCUGAACGUACAAAUAGGAGUUUAUAUAUAAAUAAAUCUCAGAGGACAGUAUCUGUUCAGCAUCAGUCUUCUCCUUCCACUAACAUCCACCCUCAGCCCCGACGUGAGCCCACCAUGUCUGGGAAGGAGCGCAGCCCCCGCCACCGGCCGUGGUCCGUCUACCGGGCCAACACCUUUGAUCUCUCUGCUGAGAUGAUGGGGCUCGCUCUUUCAGGAAACAGUCAAGAUCCAGACGAGCCGGUGUUGGAGUUCAGCGUGGCCUGCAGCGAGCUGGUCACUCCCUCGCUGGACCGUAAACCGUCCAGCUUUGUGGCGAUCAGCUGCACCACUCCUCCUCAGGCCUUCUGGACCAAACAUGCUCAGACUGAAGUCAUAGAGGGCACCAGCAAUCCCAUCUUCCUGAGCAGCGUAGCGUUCUUUCAGGACUCUCUCAUCACUCAGCAGACUCAAGUCAAGCUCUCUGUCUACGACGUAAAGGACCGCUCACAGGGAACGAUGUACAUGCUGGGAUCGUCCAUGUUUUCGGUGAAAGAGCUGCUGCAGGACAAAAACCACAAACUGCACUUGACUCUCAGGUCAGCUGAGAAUGAGCGCGUGGGCAGCAUCACCAUCAUCGCCUGGCAGAUCGAGGAGAAGCGCGAGCAGAGGGCGCCGGUGGCGAGAUUACAGAGGGGGGAAACGAUCAGCGGCAGAAUGGUUCUGCCAGUGGAUGAGAGCUUGACCGGAUCCAUGAGCAUCAAGUCCAUGUCCUCAUCUCUAUGCAAAGAUCCCAUGCUGAAAGCAGUUUUUGGGGGCGUCAUGUCUCGGACGUACCGUUUCCCAACCACAGAUGGAAACCACCUGCGCGUCCUGGAGCAGAUGGCAGAAAGUGUCCUCUCUCUGCAUAUUCCUCGACAGUUUGUCAAGCUGCUGCUGGAAGAGGACGCUGUCAGGGUGUGUGAGCUGGAAGAACUAGGUGAGCUUUCUCCAUGUUGGGAGAACUUGAGGAGGCAGAUCAUCACUCAGUACCAGACCAUCAUCCUCACAUACCAGGAGACCAUAAGUGACUUGCAUGAAUACAAAGGACCUUCGUUUAAGUCCAGCACCUUGAAAGCUGAGAGGAAGUUGGAAUUCAUCCCCACCAACCUCCACAUCCAGAGGAUGAGAGUUCAGGGAGAGACUGGUUAUGACUGGACGUAUGAUGUUGUGACCAUCGGAGCUCCUGCUGCACAUCAUCAAGGCUUGAAAGGCUGCGGCCUCCGAAAACUGCUGCAUAAGCUGGAGGAAGCCAGGAAACACACUUAUGAGGAAGAGAGUUCUGCUGGAUUCGGUCCAAAAGGAAUGAGCUACCAGCCUCAGGAUGUGGUUAAGGCCAAGGAGCUGAUCGCUCAGAUCAACACUCUGAAGACGCAGGUGUGUUACUACAACGAACGCCUGUCUCGAGCUGCCAAGGAGCGCUCAGCCAACGCUCUGGAGAGGACUCUGUCCAUCCUCACAGAGAAGACCCGUCAGCUGGUGACCGUGUGUGACUCCAAGCUGCUCUCCUCAGCCAUCCCCGCCUUCGCAGCCGCCCGUUUAGAGUUAUCCCAUCAAAGCACCCCGUCUCCUUCCUCCUCUUCCCUUUCUCCUUCUUCUCGCUCCCCGUCCCGCUCUCCCUCUCGUCACGCCACAUCGCCGUCCCGGGCUGCCACCUCACCCUCCAAACACGCAGCUCCUCCAGAGGGCAGCGAAGGGAGUAGGAACAAACGUUUCUCCACACAGGCCGACUCGCACGAAGAGGAGUGGGAGAAGGUUAGGCUAAAUGUCGAUAAAAGCCUGGAGUGUGUGGUCCAGAGAGUGGACCGGCUGCUGCAGAGAGACAAACUCCAAAGCGACAGCAGCUCUGAGGACGUCUUUCUGCUCGCCAACGAGGAGCCGAGUACCACCAAGAAGGAAAGCAGCCCGGUGGUUGAAAAGACGUCUCCAGGCGAGUGGAGCGACGCGCUGUAUCCCCUCCUCACCACACUGACAGACUGCGUGUCUCUGAUGGGCGACAAAGCAAAGAAAGCCUUGGUGUUUCUGCUGAUGCAGGACAGCGCUCCCACCAUCGCCAUGAGCCUCACGCUACAUUACCGCCGCGACGUGGUCUGCUGUCAGACGCUGACAGCUCUGAUCUGCGGAUUCGUGCUCAAGCUGAGGAAUUGUCUCUGUGACCCUGGUUUCCUGCGCCAGCUGCCCACCAUCGGCCUGUUGGUUCAGUUUGAGAGCCUCCUCAGCACUUAUGGAGAGGAGUUGGCCAUGCUGGAGGACAUGAGCAUCGGUGUGUUGGACCUGAGGAACGUCACCUUUAAGGUUACCCAGGCGACCUCUGGUUUCAGCCCGGACAUGCUGCCGGUGAUCACGGGGAACAGGAACGGUUUCAACGUCAGGGUUCCGAUGCCGGGGGUGAUGUUCGACACGCUGCCCAGAGAGAUCCAGAACGGGAUGCUGCUCCGGGUUCAGCCCGUCCUCUUCAACGUGGGGAUCAACGAACAGCAGACGCUGGCCGAGAAAUUUGGAGACACGACCUUGCAAGAUGCCAUCAACAUGGAGAGCAUGGGCCGGCUCAGUUCCUACUACGAUCAGUUCAAAGAAGUCCUUCCAGAAGAUUGCCUCCCUCGCUCUCGCAGCUCCACCAGCCUGCCCGAGCUGCUCAAGCUACUGUGCCACAAUGUGAACGCCAAAAAAAGCAAGAACGUGGAAAUUCUGUGGCAAGCAGCUGAGGCAUGCCGGCGCCUGAACGGCAUGCGGCUCACCAGCUGUAAAAGCGCCAAAGACCGCACGGCCAUGUCUCUGACCCUGGAACAGUGUCAGAUCCUGCAGCAGGAACACGCCAUGGCCCCCCAGGUCUUCUACCAGGCUCUGGAUUGUAUGCGCAGCGAGGGCUGCAGGAGAGAGAACACCAUGAAGAAUGUGGGAUGUCGUAAAUACGCCUUCAACUCCCUGCAGCUCAAAGCCAUCCCCAAACAGUAUCGCCCUCCAGAGGGGACAUACGGGAAGGUCGAGACAUAAGUGGACAAACUGUCUUCAGAAACCAAUGACUGGAUUUGAAAUAGACUAAAAAAAUAAGAGAAACAACCAACUGUACUCAGCAGAUCUUGUUUUUGUGCUAAUUAAAUAUUAAGAUGAUUAAUGUCCAAGUGCCAGUGCUACUAUUGAUUGUUUCAUAGCAGCCCCCCCUCCCCUCACCUAUCAGUAGUGCUAGAGCUCACUAUUCACAGCUACAGUCAGUAAAUAUUACGGCUUUCUGUGUCACCGUCCUGGCAGAGUGUCUGACUCAGCUGUGGCAUCAGGAGGUACAAGCAACAAAAAUAAAGCACACUUUUCUGUGAAGCAAACGAGGGAGACCAACUUUACCCAGCCCUUUACCCUUUACUUUGUGUGUUUGUUUAAAGGGACGUUAUGGAAGUUUGACGGCCAAAACAUGUAUAGAAUUAAUAAAUUUCUGACAAUUUCAUACAUUCUCCUGCAAUGCCCUGGUCCUGUAGAAUGAGCCCUGGCAUUUUUACUGUGAUUGCCUGUUGUUUGAGACUCACCAAACAGCAUUGAAUUCACAGAUAAAAAAGAUGUGGGUUCAACUUUCAUUUUGGAACAAUUUUUCAAGCAAGGGAAGGGAAUGAUCUGAGCAUGCAGGAGGACUGACCCAUCAUAAACCUUUGUCGGCUGUGCUGAAGAGAAAGGUACAGAACCAAAUUAAUUAAUUAAUUAGCUGUGCGUUCUCCUGUCCUCUGUCCUCCGGGCCACACACACACACACACACACACACACACACACACACACGGGACUGUCUCAGCUGUUAUUUUCGUUAAGGAGUGUGCACGUACAGCAUGCGCGCCUCGUGCACGAGCCUACUAUUGAAGCUGCAGUUACGCUUUUGGCCUGAGGGGGCAAUCACAAGCAUAAAAAUUCAAAACUCCAUAAAGUCCCUUUGACGUUCAGACCUGAGGACGGGCAACUUUAGGCGCCAUCAGAGUGUGACAACAAAGAAUCAACAGAACAAUCAAGAAGAGUGACUCUUGAGUAUCUUCUUAUCUGUGUCAGAAGACAAGAGACAGAGCUGAUGUGGCCCACAUAUCACACAUUUAAACAAAAGUGCUGUUUUUAUUUGCAGGUUAUGGAAGAGACUGGAUCUAUUUUUUCAUGCUAUCAACAUGCAGUAAAGCCUUAUUUAGCCUCUUUGUGUUGCAGAGCUCUGUGAGCUCCAGAACUGUUAUUUUAGUUAGAUAAUAUGUUUCUCGGCAUUCCUCUUGUUUCAUUUAAUCCACCAAGACAGAUUUCAUGUGCUAAGCUAAAAUGCGAUUGAAUGCAUCUCUUAAAAGUUUUCAAAUAAAAAAAGCUGAAGUAAAAA